CACAUUGCCGUAGCUUUCCUACACUAAAAUAUUUGCACACCAUUUAAAAAUGAGCCAAGAAAGGUCCAGUUCAACAUGACGAGUCUAGCAGCACGAGCAAGGAUAUUCGUUUUUGUUUUGCAUAUGCGGCACAUGCCAACCAAGCAGUGUCAGCAAACCUUUUAAAGAUCCUAUUUAUUAAUGUCCCCGAAAAAAAGGGGGGCGAGGGAGUCAUGGGAAUGCUAGGGUGGUGCUGGAAUAAGAGCGGUUUUUUUUUGUUCGGAAUACCAUCCCAACUAAUUCGCGCAAUCCCAAUGACAAGGAAUAAUAACGAGGCUGUUGCCGCCAAUGGCAUGAAUCAAGAUGAUGGAAUGAGUUGCAACGAGCUCCAAGGAGAUGAGGGCAUCUCAAGAAUUUGCAGAUACUAUUCGCUGGUUGGCCACCGGACACGUCCCUCCUCAUUACAUAGUUUAGACCCUGAAAAUAAGGGUCUUAUGGAGGGGUCGUCGGAAGGCCCUGCCACGCUGCAGAUGCGCACGCAAAUAACUUUCCAAGGAUGACCCGCCUUUUGCCAGCCCAUCGAUCUACCUUGGUCCUUUUCUCAAAAUACCAUCUUUGGCCUCCCAAUUUCCCAUAGUUCCCAAACUCCCCUCGUCUGGCCACCCUCACUCGGACGCUGUCGACGUUUUCCGGGUCGCGUUACCGCCCUCCCUUCCCGAGCGACGCCUUGGUGAAGCCGGUUGCCCACCUCAAGAAAGCCGUUUACAUUUACCGCACUUCCAGCGGGCCUCCUCCAGCUCGAAUUCUUAGUCCCACCCAACUUCUAUUUAAAAGCUGAAAGCCAGACUCGUCUAGCCGGUACCCUGCGCAUCGCGCCCCUCCGCAUCGCGACCCUCCGCACUGCGACCUUGAAGACAGGCACAAGUCGGGUCCUUUUUCCUUGAUAUGCUACGUCAUUUCAAGCAUUUCAUCUGCUCGUUGACAUUCUCACUGAAGGAUUGAUCUCGACCAUUCCUGCCGACACAGUCUGUGUCCUACGGGCCUCGUCAACCCUCC